GACACAUGUGCUGUUUCCUUUUCCAGUUGUAAAGGGGUCAGGAGCCAGGAAAGGAGAGCCUGAACAAGAGCCGCAUUUUCCUGGGCUCUUCCAGCUGUUCUGUUCAAUCCCGCCGUCGGUUCUGAGCAGGGAAGAGAGGCUGUCAACACAAAUAAGGCAUUUUUCAAAGGCGUAAAUUAUGAGUUACCAAAACAAUACGACAUCUCAACCACAUGGGGAUGUUGAGAAUUCCUCAGCUGGAGCAGAUGUGGCUGUGAUUGGAGGUAGGAAGCAGGCUGUACUUAGCAGAACCAUUAGAAUUAAAACAGCAGGUGUGAUAGCUGCGGUGGUAUUUGUCCUCAUUUGCCUGCUGGUUGUGAUGGUCCGGUACAUGUACAGGCAUAAGGGCACCUACCACACCAAUGAGGCCAAAGGAACUGAGUUUGCUGAAAGCGCUGAUGCUGCUUUGAAAAAUGACCCUGCUCUCCAGGAAGCUGUGGAUGAGAGUAAAAAAGAAUAUUUCAUCUGAAAGGCAAGAAUUUCCACGGAGACUUCCCCACGGGAAUCAAUCAGAUAUACUACAACAAAAGUGCCAAGAGAUGGAUAAUAUUAGGAUGCAGGCAAGCAUCCUGAUUGAAAAGUAUCUCUUUAUUUUGUCGCUGAGUUGUUUCUUUUUCUCUACCCAUGAAGAGCUAAAUGCCAGAUACUUGCCCGUUGAUUUUAUAAGCAACACAGCUGGUCACAGUUGAAAUCAAUAUCAGAUAAGAAGAAACAAAAUCUCAGUAUGAGUGAUACACCCAAACCAGAUAACGAUAGCAAAUGUCAAGUCUUGACAUUUGGUGAAAACAGCAGAUGCCAAUGGAAAACAUCCUCUCAGAGUUAAUGAUGCAUUCUAUGCUGAUAUUAUACAGAACUACCUGAAAUUGAAUUUCAAAUGGUCACAGAACAAACAUUAAACUAGAUAAAGCUGAAGUAGCUGGAACAAAAAUAGCUUUGUAGCCCAGAUAUUUCCCCUAUCCCCAUAAAUGUGCAAUUUUAUUGCAACAGGGGAGUUUGCUUUGUUUGUUUGGGGAGUUUGAUUGAGACCUUUUUUUUCUUCUUCUUCUUUUUAGUUUUUAGGAUUUUAUAAACAUAAAAGUCCAAGACAAUUCAAAGGAAUAAAACUGUUGGGAAACAUGGAAAAUGAAAGAAUGAAGAAUUUAUUUCUAACUUGCUCUUCAUGGCAGUUUGAGAACUGCAAAAUGUUGGAAUUUAUAGUGUAGAAUAUAAUAGCCAGUAAACUUGCAAAUAUGAUUUCAAUUAGUCGAUAGGCUCCCUGCAUGCAUGCAUAAUUAGAUACGUAUUAGAAGGUAAAGUAUCUUGGUUUGAGCAGGCCUUUUAAAACAACUGAGCUCAGACAGAUUUUUUUGAGUAAGAUAUUUUUGCCUGGGUAUUUAUUUAUUUAUUUUGCAUUGGAACAUUCUCUUGAAUGCUUGCCAGCAAGAUUUUGCAUUUUUGCAGGAAAAGGAAUUCAGUUCUGGUGCAUAUAGUGAUAAAUCUUUUACAGAUGAAACCACAAGACUGCCAAUAGAAGGAAGCUUGUUCAGCUGCAUGCCAUUGGCAAGUACUGAUGUCUCCCUCUGCAUGGCCUCUGUACAUCCUUUGCAUUCUCCUCAGUAAGAGAAUUACACUGACUAUCAAUGCUUUAAUAUAAAUAAAUAUAUAGAAUGGUCGUGGUGGAUCACAUGACAAGACCUUAUGCCUCACCUAAGAAUCAGUGAUGAUGAGUUUCUUUAACCCAGUAAGCUGGCUUCUUAAUUAAAGCCCAAGAGUAGCUCCAGAAAUAGAGUAAUUUUUCUCUGCACCUGCUCAUUCCCAGCUCCACUGGUGCCCUGAACUACUGAAAAUACAGAGGGAUAAAUAUGUGAUAACAUGUAUUUUCUAUCUCUUAUGUGUAUAUAUAUAUACACACAUAUGUAGAGCAAUGUAUACAUCAAGUCAUGUACAACUGCUUCCAAGACACUGUUACUGAUCACUUGUGCUCACUUCUUGGCACCAAAGCACAAAAUUCUCCAGGACUCCAGCAUACAUUACCAAUGUUGACCACAAAAGUGCAAACAGAUCUGACAAGAAAAGACUGUGAGGACUCAAGUGGAGAACUGAGAUAUUUUUGUCUUUUCAAUCACAAUCUCAUUCUUUUCUCAGAAGCUGAAGGAGAUGGACUUUGAACUGCUCUUCAAAUCCUAAUACCUUAGAUCUCAAGUACCUGUGUGUCUGCAUUUUAACCAAAGAAUAUAAAAAUCCUGCCACAUUUACUAAAUGCAUCAGGUAUUUUUUUCAGAACAUACUGUUCCAAAGCCAAAUUGUAUUCUGUGGCUCAAGUAUAAAGUAUAUGUAAUCCAGAACUAGCAGAGAACAAAUAUUUUGAUAUUAUGCACCUGACUAUUUUUUUUCUAGAUUCCUUGCUAUUUUCAUCUUUUUACUGCUUUUGAAAAAGGAAUCUGUUUUUAUUUUUUCUGGGCCAAGCGUUGCAUAAAUUAACUAAUCUUAGCUGUAAAACUGAGUUUGUAAAACUGAAGACCCUCUAGUUCAAUGAGAAUGUAAAUAUUACCUCUGAGGAGAUGCUAAAUGGGGUGACAAGCUCUGCUGCUUUUGUCAUAUAAGGCAUGGAAACACCAAAAUCCUCUCUUCAAGCAUUAGAAGGACCUAUAGAAGACUGCCAACAUUUCAUCACUUUCUGUCCCUAUUAGCUACAAAGGACCAGGUGAUAUAGGUUUGGAUGUUGAAGAAAAUUCACUAUAGAGCAAGGUAUGGGGAUCACGGAGAAUAAAUUCCUUCCUUCCCCAGUCAUGAAAUUCUGCUUUUGCAACUUGAACACACUGAUUCUAAUUAGCCAAUGAUGACAUACCUGAUACGAGAUGGGGAAACAUGAAUUAGUGUCUCCUUUUGGGGGAAGUUAAGUUUAUAAAUUAUGAAAUGGAUUAAGUCAGACUAAGUGUCUGCAUUUGAACCACGGGGUCAGAUUCUCUGGUGAAAUGACAUGAAUUCAGAAGAAUUAAGCCAAUUCUUACAAGUUCAGUCAACAUCAGACAUUUUGUCAUUUCUUCCCCUACUGAAUACAACUACUAGUCUUUGACUAUAUGCCUUU